AUGGCGGACGAUGAAGCGCAGUUCCAGCUUUUGCUGACCUCCCUUAUGGGAGCUGAUAACGACAGUAGGACCAAAUCCGAGGAAGUUUACAAUGAAAUACCAGACAUCAAGAAACUAGAAUUAUUACUCAGCACCAUUCGAAAUGCCAACUCUUCUUUGGAGGUGCGUACAAUGUCAUGCGUACUACUACGAAGGUUAUUCAGUAAUGAAUUUUCGGAAGUUUGGCCCAAGUUGACACCAGAGAUUCAGAACAGCAUAAAACAACAGCUGAUAGUGGCCAUUAACGAAGAAACUGGGCCUCCAGUGAGGAAAAAAAUUUGUGAUGUCGUAGCCGAGCUGGCUAGAAAUUUGAUUGGUGAUGAUGGGACCAUGGGGUGGCCUGAGAUAUUAAAGUUUAUGUUUGAUUGUGCCAGCUCCGAGGAUGCUGGUUUGAGGGAGUCCGCGCUUAAUAUAUUCAGUUCUGUUCCGACCAUAUUUGGUAAUCAGCAAGGUCAUUAUCUAGACGUUAUAAAACAGAUGUUGGCUCAAAGUUUACAAGAUAGAGCUCAUCCACAGGUGUGCUUUAUGGCAGUGAAGUCACUAACAGCGUUUAUAAUUGCUAAUGAUAAAGAUCAAACAAUACUCAAUAAUUAUAAAGACUUGGUACCAACUAUGAUGGAAGGAAUCGUUGAUAGCGUCACUGCCCAGGAUGACGAUGAUUUGUUAAAAUGUCUGAUUGAAUUAGCUGAAAAUACUCCUAAAUUUCUCCGUCCACAAAUGGAAAAUAUAAUUCCAUUCUGCUUAAAGGUUUUAUCUGAUGCUAAUUUAGGAGAUCAGUGGAGACAACUCUCGUUAGAAGUUAUCGUAACGUUGUCUGAAACAGCACCAGCUAUGGUUCGAAAAUUUGCGAAGUUUAUUCCACUUCUUGUGCCUCAGAUCUUAGCGUUGAUGGUUGAUCUAGAGGAAGAAGAAGACUGGGCUGUUCAAGAUGAUCAAGAAGAUGAUGAGACUGAUACAAAUGCUGCUGCAGCAGAAAGUUCAUUGGACAGAUUAGCUUGUGCCUUGGGUGGUAAAACUAUGUUACCACAUAUUCUAGCCAAUAUUCCACAGAUGUUGACCAGCAGUGAUUGGCGCUAUCGUCAUGCAGCUCUCAUGGCAAUCUCUGUCUGUGGUGAAGGAUGCCAUCAACACAUGGAACAGAUGCUACAGAAUAUCACUGAGGGUGUCCUGCCAUUCUUUAGAGAUCCUCAUCCUAGAGUAAGGUACGCCACCUGUAACGCCAUUGGUCAGAUGUGUACUGAUUUCGGCCCUAUAUUCCAGAAGAAAUUCCACGAUAAGAUUGUUGGAGAGUUGAUCCAUAUUAUGGAUGAUGAUGCCAACCCACGUGUUCAGGCUCACGGUGCUGCAGCUCUGGUCAACUUCAGUGAGGAUUGUCCCAAGUUAAUACUGGUCCAAUACUUGGACGCCAUUGUUGCUAAGCUGGAGCAAGUUUUGUCAAGGAAAUUUAAAGAAUUAUUAGAGAAAGGAAACAAGCUGGUAUUAGAACAAGUUGUGACAACUCUAGCCUCCGUAGCUGAUACAGCCGAGGAGAAAUUUAUUAAAUAUUAUGAUCAGUUUAUGCCGUGUUUGAAAUAUAUCGUACAACACGCUAUUCAGCCAGAGUUACGGUUAUUACGUGGUAAAACUAUAGAAUGUAUUAGUUUGAUUGGUCUAGCUGUCGGCAAGGAUAAGUUUGGUCAAGAUUGUAACGAUGUAAUGCAGUUAUUAUUAAAAACACAAACAGAAUCAGAAACACUAGCAGACGACGACCCACAGAUAUCGUACAUGAUCUCAGCCUGGGCUAGGAUGUGUAAAAUAUUGGGCAGUGAUUUCCAGCAAUAUCUACCACUAGUCAUGGGCCCUGUUUUAAAGGCUGCCUCCCUCAAACCUGAAGUUGCUGUACUUGAUGGUGAAGAUAUGAAGGCAAUGGAAAAUGACAAUGAUUGGCAAUUUGUUACCCUUGGCGACCAGCAAAGUUUUGGAAUUCGUACAGCUGGUUUAGAAGAGAAAGCGACCGCCUGUCAAAUGUUGGUUUGUUAUGCCAGAGAACUGAAGGAAGCCUUCGCUCCCUAUACAGACCAAGUGGUACAGCUCAUGGUGCCCUUACUCAAAUUCUACUUUCAAGAUGAUGUGCGAAUAGCCGCCUCGGAGAGUUUACCCUAUCUUAUUGACUGUGCUAAGAUACGCGGAGAACAGUACGUAGUGGAGAUGUGGAACUUCAUCUUACCUAGUUUAUUAAAUGCCAUAGAAAUGGAACCAGAAAAAGAGGUUGUGCCAGAACAUUUGAAUUCUUUAGCAAAGUCGAUAGAGAAGUUAGGUAAGAAUUGUAUCAUGGAAGAAAAUUUAAACAAACUGAUCGAAAUUAUUGAUAAAUUAUUCGUCGACCAUUUUCAACGUCAAGAGGAAAGACAAGAGAAACGUAAAGAUGAAGAUUAUGAUGAAGAUUUAGAAGAAACAUUAUUAGAUGAGGACGAUACAGAUGUUUAUGUAUUAAGUAAGGUCUCUGAUAUUAUACAUUCAUUCUUUGGAACGCACAAGGAAGAAUUUUUACCAGUCUUUGAGAAAAUGAUGCCCAACUUUGUAAAAUUAUUAAAUCAAGAACGACCCUGGCCUGAUAGACAAUGGGCUCUAUGUAUUUGGGAUGAUGUGAUAGAACACACUGGACCUCAUUCUGCAAAAUACCAGGAAUAUUUUUUACGAAGUAUGAUUGCAUAUCUCUGUGAUAAAACGCCAGAAGUACGACAGGCUUCAGCCUAUGGAAUUGGCGUACAGAACAGAUAUAAAACUGAAGUUUAUUUCGUUCUAGAAUCUCUGCCAAUAUUAGUACAAGUGAUAGAAAGGGAAGAAUCCAAAUCACCAGAGAACGUCAACGCUACAGAGAACUGUAUUUCUGCCGUGACCAAGAUUUGUAAAUAUAACUCUAGUAAAGUCAACUUAAAUGAUAUAAUUCCACGAUUCGUGACAUGGCUGCCAGUCUACGAAGACGAAGAUGAGGCUGUUCAUAUUUUUGGCUAUCUUUGUGAUUUGAUUGACAUGAACCACCCUGCAGUACUGGGUGCAAAUAAUAGUAAUCUACCAAAAAUCAUCUGGUCUAUAGCAGAAGUGAUGCAGAAAGAAACGUUCGCUACAGAUGCUGAUAUUUACGUAAGGCUUGUUAAUAUUGUCAAACAAGUUCAGACAAAUGAGUCUGUUUUUGGUGCGUGCUUGCAAGAGCUGACACCAGUGCUUCGAGAAGCGUUAAUGGAGGGCCUGAAACACUGAAUUUGAGACAUUAGAAUUUUAUGUGACAGACUUGAAAUGUGUAUUUUAGAAAAUCGGCCAAUGAAGACUAUUUAACCAUUUCUUUAUGGAACUCUCUAGAACUUUUGAGUGCAACGCGA